AUGGCGGCACGUAGGGGCAUUAGCACCGUGUCCCGCGAUUACAAUGAAGCUCUCCGUCAACUUUCUACACUUUACUCAAAUCGCCAAGUCACGAACCUUUUUGACAAAUCAAUCGCCCCAAAUGCCUCAUCUGUACCACCAAAGGAUCUCAAUUCUUUAGCUAUUCCUGAGAUGCGCGAAUGGCUCCGACGUGCUGGAUAUGAACCAAAAGAUCUUGCACGUCUGAGACACAUUCACAUAGCGGGCACAAAAGGCAAAGGCUCGGUAAGCGCAUUUGCGACAGGUAUGCUGCGGCAGUAUGAGACUGUUGGGACUUAUACGAGCCCACAUCUCGUGAGUCCGCGCGAGCGCAUUGCCAUUCAAGGAGAGCAGGUCUCACAGAAGCUCUUUGCUGAGGCUUUCUUUGAGCUCUGGGAAAGGUUGUCUGAAGCUGCCAAGAAGGAUGGCAAAAGCCUCACCGAAUCUCAAGGGCCUGGCUCAAAGCCAUUUUUCUUUCGUUUUAUGACACUCCUUGCUUGGCAUAUUUUCCUGAGAGAAAACGUCGAUAGUGUUGUUCUUGAAUGCGGUAUCGGUGGAGAGUAUGACGCUACAAAUGUGGUGCCUCCUGAGGCUGUUUCUGCCGCGGUCAUCACGCAGCUGGGUAUAGAUCAUGUCGCAAUGCUGGGCGACACGGUUGAGAAGAUCUCAUGGCACAAAGCCGGCAUUCUUAAGCCAGGUGUGCGUGGUUUCGUUCGACGAAUGGACGAGAAGCCUGGCGUGAGGCAAGUACUUCAACAGCGAGCAGCAGAAAAGGGUGCUGAGCUCAUCGAGUUGGAUGACGCCAGUGUCGAACAAUGGGGAGGUGUGGCUGGGAGAUUACCAGGUGAUUUUCAAAAGUAUAACCAAGCUCUUGCUGUGCUUGCAGUGCGACAACAUCUAGGUAUGGACAUUGACCCCAAGACUGCUCUGCUCGACCUUCCAGAUAGGAUGGUUACGGGGCUCAAGGAGGCAAGUCUCAGAGGGCGCUGCGAGAUCAUUCAGCAGGGCGAUAUUGGCUGGUAUCUGGAUGGUGCGCAUACCAAGGAUAGUAUGCUCGAGGUUGCAAAAUGGUUCGCUUCGAAUAUUGGAAACGAUGAAUCUGCAGUUCUGGUUUUCAACCAGCAGGAGAGAGAUGCAACACAACUGCUGGCAAUAUUGCUUGAUACUAUUCAAGAAGUUACAGGGCGAGAGAACAUAUUCAGCCAUGCGCUCUUUACGAGGAAUGAUCAGGAGGGGCCCUCGACGGAUGAAGAAGCCAGAGAUCUGAGCGUGCAGACACGUGUUGCAGAGACGAUGGCCGAGAGAGCGGCUAAUUGCGAGGUCAAGACAUUUGAUAAUAUCCAGGACACUGUAACUGAGGCCAGAAAAGUUGCAGGAUCUCAUCAGAAGGUUUUGGCAACAGGGAGCAUGUAUCUUGCAGGGGGUGUUUUGCGAGCUUUGGAGCCCGAAGGUCUAUCAUAA